AUGCGCGUUGAAGAGGAGGGCUUCGAAGUGACUGGUUGCAGUACCACUCCCCAUUCAGAUGCACCUCGUCGUGCGCGUCUGGCCCGAGAAGCAGGUUCCUUGGGUCUUUUCCACGGAUUUCGUUUCUGUUUCUUGGGAGACUUUGUUUAUCCAGUCCCUCCACGCGGCGAUCUUGUUACCUUAGCACGGUCUGGAGGGGCAGUUGUGGUGUUCUCUCGCGAUCGUUGUUCCCCACUUCGCUUGGCUCGUCUAGCGAUCGAGACGAACGAUCCUUCUACGCAGGCAACGUGGGAACUCGCCACGGAACCAGUGGAUGAUGACGCUGAGGAUAGCGAUCUGGAACUGGAUAAGCCAACGCUUCAGGAACGUGUGGUUCCGGCUCCUGGCGCGAACGCUUCGUCUCCUCUGUUGGUUAUCUAUGAUCCGGGAUAUCAGCGCGAAAAAUCGAGUUCGAUGAGCUCCGAGCCGGUUGUACCCUAUGCAGUCGACAUUGUAUCUAAGGCACUUGGCAUGCUUCGACCGAUUGGUGACCAAUCCAACUGCAUGGAAGUCCCUUUAAAGGCUGUCCCAUCGACUUGGCUUCUUGAUUGUGCUGCAGAGUACAAUGUUUUGCCGUUGCCCUCGUUGUAG